UGGCCAGGCAGACCGCGUCCGAGGCUAUGCUGCUUUUCCUGAGGUUUCUCAGAUCGACCUUUCGGCAGCCCGUUGAGAUUAUCUGCGGGGGCCUGUGGAAAGAUUUGCCAGAGUCUGCACGAAGAGUCCUCACCGUAACCCUAUAAGGGAAAAUAUCUGUGCUGUGCUGGAGCGUCGGCUCCUCUGCUCCAGCGCCACACAAGCCCCGUCCCUCCCGAGCACGCUCCCGAGUCCUCCUGUCAGUGUCUCUGCUGACGGAGACGGGCGUCGACCUGGCGGAGACCGUGAAGCUGUCAGAAUCAUUCCUUCGCCACUUCUGAUCGCGUGUCCUAAGAAUAGCACGGAAGACAUGGCUACCAGGAGAGGACGGUCCGUGGUAUUUUUCUCUGCAGCUUUCUCUUCCACACGAAUCUCAGGAGUUUUGUCCGCCAUGGAGAUGUAGAAACAAACGGGCGUGCGAAUUCGCCAAGCACACUGUGCGCGUCCGUGGAGUCACGCGGCGGUCCCCGACGUGAGGCCGCCCGCUGCCCGCCGGGGCAGGCACACGGGUCCAGCCACCGCUCCUGCGUCAGGCGUGGACUCUGCCGAGGGCAGGCCUGCCCGGUGGGGACGGCGCUGUCUCGCAGGGCGGCCAGGAUUUGUCCUCGGCGAGUGGCUCGGUGUCCUGGGAAACUGCAGGGGGACCCCGGGAGCUCUGUCCUCGCCCCUGGAGGAGGCGUGUGGAGAAGACAGUUCCGUGCAGACCCGGGCGCUCCGGCCUGGCGGUCAGGCCGCCCGGCUCCUGGUUGGGGCCUUUUAACCAAAUACUUUGUGACCUCAGCAGGACCGUGGAAGACACCACAAGAGCAGAGUCACUUGAUUUAGUGCAAACAUCCUUUUGCUUGGGAGAAGGGAGUUUUGCUGUUCGGAUGCAUAGAAUGUACCCAGAAAUGCCUCCAGCAAUGGAAGAGUUAAUAGUUGAACUCCGUCUCUUUCUUGAACUCCUGGACCACGAGUACCUAACGUCAACCGUCAGGGAGAAAAAGGCGGUGAUUACCGACAUCCUGCUGAGGAUACAGUCAUCCAAAGGUUUCGAAGUGAAAGACCAUGUUCAGAAGCAAGAGACCCCCAACAGCCUGCCGGCUCCUCCCCAGAUGCCUUUGCCGGAGAUCCCUCAGCCGUGGCUGCCACCCGACGGCGGGCCGCCACCGCUCCCGACGUCUUCUCUCCCGGAAGCUUAUUACGAGGAGGCCGUGCCCCUGAGCCCUGGGAAGGCUCCUGAAUACAUCACGUCAAAUUACGACUCGGACGCGAUGAGUAGCUCCUACGAGUCGUAUGACGAGGAGGAGGAGGACGGAAAGGGCAAGAAGACGCGGCACCAGUGGCCGUCCGAGGAGGCCUCCAUGGACCUGGUGAAGGACGCCAAGAUCUGCGCCUUCUUGCUGAGGAAGAAGCGCUUCGGGCAGUGGAGCAAGCUCCUCUGUGUCAUCAAGGACACCAAGCUGCUGUGCUACAAGAGUUCCAAGGACCAGCAGCCACAGAUGGAGCUGCCGCUGCAAGGCUGCAGCGUCACGUACAUCCCGAAGGACAGCAAGAAGAAGAAGCACGAGCUGAAGAUCACCCAGCAAGGCACCGACCCGCUGGUUCUCGCGGUGCAGAGCAAGGAGCAGGCCGAGCAGUGGCUGAAGGUGAUCCGAGAGGUCUACAGUGGCUGCAGCGGCCCAGCGGAUUCAGAGGGGCCUCCGCCAUCAAGCUCCCCAGUGCACAAGACGGAGCUGGAGAAGAAACUGUCUUCUGAGAGGCCGAGCUCCGACGGGGAGGGCGCUACCGAAAACGGAAUCACCGUGUGUAAUGGAAAAGAACAAGUUAAGAGGAAGAAAAGUUCCAAAUCAGAGACCAAGGGAACCGUGUCUAAAGUCACUGGGAAGAAGAUCACCAAGAUCAUCGGCUUGGGGAAGAAAAAGCCCUCGACGGAUGAGCAGACCUCGUCCGCGGAGGAGGACGUCCCCACCUGCGGCUAUCUCAACGUGCUCUCCAACAGCCGUUGGCGGGAGCGCUGGUGUCGGGUUAAGGACAACAAGCUCAUUUUCCACAAGGACAGGACCGACCUCAAGACCCACAUCGUUUCCAUCCCUCUGCGCGGCUGUGACGUGAUCCCCGGUUUGGACUCCAAACACCCCCUGACCUUCCGGCUGCUUCGCAAUGGACAGGAGGUCGCGGUGCUGGAGGCGUCCUCCUCAGAGGACAUGGGCAGAUGGCUCGGAAUUUUGCUGGCUGAGACGGGCUCCUCCACAGACCCCGGGGCCCUGCACUACGACUACAUCGACGUGGAGACGUCCGCGAACGUCAUUCAGACAGCCAAGCAAACCUUCUGCUUCAUGAACAGGCGUGGCGUCUCCACUAACCCGUACCUGGGGAGCACCUCCAACGGCUACGCCCACCCCAGCGGCACGGCGCUGCAUUACGACGACGUCCCCUGCAUUAACGGCUCGCUGAAGGGUAAAAAGCCCCCCGCAGCCUCCAGUGGGGCCCCGGGGAAGGGGAAGACCCCAAGCAGUCAGCACAAACAAGCCGAUUCGGCAUCCAGCGUGAAACGCACGCCUUCAAAUGCUGACCAGUACAAAUAUGGCAAAAACCGGGUCGAAGCCGACGCCAAGCUGUUGCAGGGCAAGCAAGAGGAGCUGCUGAAGAGGAAGGAGACCCUGCGGAACAGGCUGGCCCAGCUCCGGAAGGAGAGGAAGGACUUGAGGGCCGCCAUCGAAGUGAAUGCUGGCAGGAAGCCGCAGGCGGUUCUGGAAGGCAAGCUGAAGCGGCUGGAGGAGGAGUGUAAGCAGAAGGAGGCCGAGCGCGUCAACCUGGAGCUGGAGCUCACGGAGGUCAAGGAGAGCCUGAAGAAGGCCCUGGCCGGCGGGGUCACCCUGGGCCUGGCCAUCGAGCCCCGAUCAGGGACGUCGAGCCCACAGUCUCCAGUUUUUAGGCAUCGGACUCUGGAGAGCUCACCCAUGUCCAGCUGCGAGACCAGCGAUGCCGAGGGCCCGGUGCCGGUGAACAGCGCGGCCGUGCUGCGGAAGAGCCAGCCUGCCGGGAGCUCCCCCUGCCGCGGGCAUGUGCUGCGGAAGGCCAAGGAGUGGGAGCUGAAGAACGGGACGUAGAGCACGGCAGGACGCCCCGCCCGCGUGGCCGCGGCACAGGACGCGAGGGUUUGUGACCGAGCUCCGACGCCAGCGCCCACGCCCGCCCGCGCGCACUCUCGCUACUGUUCACGUCCCCCUUAAAGAGACUUCCUGGUAACACUUUGGCUUCCGCCUCCACUUGCCAAAGAGCAGAGAGGACGGGAAGGAGCCCCGUGGCGAACGGGGAGCUGCACCCCUUUCCCGGGUUCCGGGAGCGCCGGCCCCGCAGCCCCCCCCCAGGCCCAGACCCGGGCCCUCGCGGGUGAGCGCGGCCGGCAUGGGCAGGGGCACCGCCCUGCCCGUCUGCCCAGAGGCCGGGGUCUCCGCGUCCCUCCCCACGCGCCCGUCCCCCUCGUCACUGGAGGCGGGCACGUGAGGCACCUGUGCUGUGAAGCAUCUUUCCCCUUUUACCGUCUUUUUUCUGGACAAAGGCUUUUGUCACCGUGACGUGAAAAGCUGCCAUUCUUUUUAAACCUUAAAAAAAUUCUCCUUUUAUCAUGUGUUGCACUUAGCUCUAAGGGUUCUUCAGAGGUUCUGUACCAUAUUUUAUUAAUUAUUUGUACUGCUUUUGAAAGGCAGCGGAAUGUCUCUGCUGCUCACCAAUGUGUGUCCUUGUCCCCUUCCCCGCUGUCCCCGACCCUGCCUGCCACUCAGAGCCCGCAGGUGCCUCGCGAGAUUACAGUGAAACCUCCACUUACAGACGGGCCAGUCCCGUGAGAGAAGCAGGUUCUGGAAGCCGCCCGGCCACAGAACCAGAGCAUCCUCGUGCAGGACGAGAGCACAGCCCUGCCUCCCGCACGCAGACCCGGAGCGCGGGGGCACUGGGCUGCUCCCAGGCCCGCGGGCCGGGGUCGGGUCCCUGCACCCGUGUGGCGUUUCUCAGAGCCAGGUAAUCUGCUGUGUCUCCAGAGGGACCCUCUCAGGAAUCCUCAGUAAUGGGGGGGUGCAGCUACCGAUGGAAUAAAAGUGGUCACCCCAGGACCCCUCUGCAGACAGAUUCGGGGGCACGCGUCACACAUGCGUGGAGGUCGUUUCCUGCACCAUGUGGAGCCGCGGCGGAGCAAGGCUUCCAUCCGCCGCGGGUUCCCCGCCAAAUGCGGGAACCGCAGACAAGAAGCGGUCUGCCCUGCUUUUCCCCCAGGCGCCCGCAUAGCCUGUCCUGGGCUCCGCCCCGGCUCCCACCGCCCUUUCUUCUUAGGGGUCCUGAGGCUGCCUGUGACCUUAGCGAGACAGUUUACAGCAGGGAGUGUGAGCUGUGGAGCUGGGCCCGAGCGGAGACCCGGCUGUCGCCUGGCCUGUCCCUCAGGGCCCCCGUCACCCGUUAGCAGGUGGAGACCUAUCUCCCCAGCACCCAGCCCAUUCGACCCCCUGGGACAUCGAGGGGGAAUGCCCCAAGACCUCAGGGCCCGUCUUCCCAGCACUGCUGUCAUCCGUGUGGGAAGCUGGACCGCCUUGCCUUCUUUCUAUGAAACUGAGUUUCUGUAAAAGCAAAAGGUUUGACCCACCGUAGAUUUUUGCUGCCUUCCGGUCCAGUAACGUUUCUCAGCAUAAGGCGCUGGGGCCUCUCUGCUUGACAGCCGACUUUGCCCGAGACAGCUGCCGGGUUAGGGCCAUCAGGAGGGAAAGUGUGCAGCCUGGGCGCCCGACCACGGACAGCACAGCCAGGGAGACCCCAGGCGGUGCUAACCCUCAUCCCCAUGAGUUUGCCCGAGGACACAGCCCGUUGGAGCCAGAGCCCGGACUAGGACUCGGACCCUGGUCCUCACGCUCCUGACGAACAAAACUGGUGUCUAAAACGCCAGGUUUUAAAUUCGCUUUCACAGCCACGAACCCUUUAAAGGGGCCAACAGGCUCAGGCGGGUCCUGCGUCCCGCGGAGCCACUUGUGGGGGUCGCGCGGAGAGCAAGUCUGCUGACAUUGGGCUCCUUUGCUGUGCGUUCCCCUCGAUGUCUUUAGAUUUGGUCAGAAAGUUAGGUGAAGGGAUUUGCUUCAAAUUAAGUUAUUUAUUUGUAUAUGUUCAAUAAAUAGAGUUUUUAAUUUAUGUCUGUAUAUAUUAGACACACAUUAGCCAUCUUGUCAGAAUCCUGACAGCGAUGUCAUUUUACCACCUUCCCCAAGCACCCCAGGGCUCGGGCCUGCCCGGCGAGGUGACGUGUGCAGCGGGCUGAGGGUCCCUCGCUGCAUGGGUGCCGGUCACGUCCCACUGGAGACGUCACCCGAGCCGUAACAGACGGUCCCGUUCAUGGAGUGAUGGCCAGACCGUGACGGGGCCCUGACCCAAAGUGGGAGGCACGCGGGGGGCUCGCAGAUGGGGCCAGCUCUGCGGGUGACGGGCCACUUCCAUUAGCACUUGAAGCCACACCAUCAGUCUCCAGGCGCUGCCUCUGGUCACAUGUCAUCCACCUUCAAAAUCCCCUCCCGCCUUCUGUGUUUGUAACGUUUGAAAGUCACCCAGCAGCCUUUUGCACAGAAGCAAAUGGUCACCUCAGCGUGGGCACAGGUGGGCAGAAAAUGGUCACCUGGUGUGGGCACAGGUGGGAAGGUCACUUUUCCUUUGUUCAGAGUCCGUAGAGGGUUGGGCAAGGCCCUGCAAGCUGGCCACACCCUUGCCGGCCGUCCGGAAGGUUCCACCACAGGGUAACCAGUGUGGGUCUGGGGAGCGGUCCAGAUGGCCGUGGAGCUUUCUGGAGUCUUCUCUGGGUGACCUUUCACACCGUGGUGUGAACCUGUCCCGGCCCCCCCCCCCCCCCCCCGCCAUCCCGUUCAUCAGCACACCUCUGUGUUGCCAAGCCUGAUCUCCCCCCAUGUGUUUCAACAAACCACCCGAAUGGUUUGCGCAUUUACCUUUUGUCCAGUCUGUUUGGAGGGUCUGUGCCCUCAGGCCUGAAGGCCGCGCCCAGGAAGGAGACUCAGACUUGUUCACGCACAGCCACAGUCUGGAACCUGUGUGCAGCUUUGCAAGGGGAUCAACCUGGGGGCAGCAUGGGUGUCUCGGGCAGGACCCAUUUGUCUGUGGUCACAUCUUUUCUGUCCAGAAGGGAAUGGCGACCGUCCCCAUGUGCCCUCUGGCUGGAAGCCUCAUCUUGGCCACACACCUGGCCGUGCACUCGGUCUGCUGGCCGAGGCGUGUGACAGGACCUGCCGAGGGGCAAGGCGGCAUCGCUCACAUGGCCCACUGUGGCUGCCCUCUUUUUUUUUUUUCUAACAUAAUUUUUUAAUGGGAAAAAUUUUAAGUCUGUCGUGUCGUUUUAAAGAGCGCAAUUACUCUUUGUUCCUGUUGUCAUUGCUGGCUGCUUGCUGUCCCCGUGGCGGGCCGGGUUGAUACUGUGAAGACGUGACGGUGAACGACACAGCGUGCCCAGAGGCGGGCUCAGCCUCUCCCGCGAGCGCCCCCAGGCGGCGUGUCCAGGGUGAAGGCAGGUGGCUGCGCCCCGGGGGCCGCCGGGCUCCCUCGAUUCCGCCGCCCCAUCUUUUGUGAAACAGUUCCAGCUGCGAUCUUCCAGAAAAAGUCCCCUUUCCUGCAGCGGGCACGUGUCCCCAGGCGUUCCGAGCUGUCGCCAUGCAAGGUAUUUUCAACAUGGGAUCGUCAGAUCGUGAUUCUUAGGGACCAAAGGUGUUUUUAAUGAAAUAAUCUUUGUAUUUGAUUUCUAGUGAGAAGGGACGCAGUGACUUUAAAUUUUAACACCAACUUUUGCAUUAAUUGACCACGGCUAUAAGUUGUAAAAUGUUUUCAUAUUAAGAUUGUAACUAUUUCCUACUGUAUUUUUUAAAAAAAAAGCUAAAGUCAUAUUUAAAAUUCUCUUUGAAAAAAACAAACUAGAAGCAUCAAAGAUUUUUUUUUAAUUAAAUAUGUCACCGGUGCCCAUUUUAAAUGAUUGUAAAUAGAUUUUCACUGUAUUUCUCAAUGUAUUUAAUUCAUGAAGUAAGAACUUUUACCAGUGGAAACUGCCAAUGGAGAUACCAGUUUUCAGGCCGUUUGCUCCAUAUUGUAGUAAAUCACUUGAAUUUUCUGCUUUACUAACUGAUUUUUCUACUGUUUUACACGGUGUAGCGCACGGACUGGCGCCCUCCGGCGUGCCUCAUUUGUGUGUUAUCAAUAAAGCGGUACGCGUCCA